GAGGCCAAUAUGCAGUGGAGUUCGGGCGAAACUAGUUCGAGUGCUGGUUUUGCCUUGACAGAAUCUCAAUACGACCCAUCGAAUAUUCCUUCAUUGGACAGCACCGAUGUAAACACAAACAUCAAUCAGACAGCACAAACACAAUCUCUCCCUCAGGAUCUUAACAUGUGUUCGGAGUUUGGAAACAACGAGGAUGAAGACUGCCACGUCAUUGAACGGCCGAAUACAUCAACCGAGAAGAUGCCAUCGACCGAGAGUGAAAACCAGCCAGGUGCUUUGGAUGGUCGGCGAAUAUCGUGCAAGAGAAAAGAAAUCGAACCGAAUGUUGGGCAGUCUUCUGGAGUAGGAAGUUCGAACCUUAUCACUAUUAACGAGGCAGAGCAGGCGAAUCCGAGGCUGAGGCUCGGUGUUGGAGGAGCUCUCUCUGCAAACCCUCUUUCUUUGAGCGGCAGAGGAUCCGCGGCGGCAGCUGCGGCAGAAAGCUCCCGCCGAAACUUCCGCCUCCGCUUUAACGGGUCCCACCAGCAAGACCACACACCCGGCGGCAGCAGUCCAUUUCCGACGGAAUCCGAUGCUGAUGUGUCAUCUUCUCGUCAUUCGUCGAGACUGGUUCUUCGUAAUCGUUUGUUCGACUUGGCUCCAUCUCCGCCUGUCGAGAAUGGGACACCACAGGGCCCUUCUGCGAGUAGAAACACACAGUCGAGGUGGAGCGGAGCAUCGUCCAGCUCAGGAGGCACCGGCACCGGCAGUUCCGGUGAGAGGGAUAUUCUCGAGGAAUCUACUUCGAGAAACGUGCUCAGAAGCAUAUCGGAGCACCCCAUGUUUGUUCCGGCUAGUGAGAUGGGAAGUUCGUCUAGACAACCUACGAAUUGGAACUUGGGUGGGGUCAAUUCUUCUGCGCCGCCUGUUAGGUCUAACCGGAGCUGUCCACAAUACCCCCGCAGACUAUCGGAGAUUGUGCGGAGAUCUCUGUUGUCAACGGCCGGUACUGAGGCUAGCGGCAGUCAGAGCAGCGGCCACGCUGUAAGAGCGAGUUCUUCGGCUGCUGUCUCUGAGGAGGCGGCACUUCCGUCUGGAUCGAACUCGAGAGCAGCAUUGCUUGAGAGACAUAUUGAUGGUGCUUUUGGAUUGCCUUAUUCGCUACGAGGUUUGGCUGCUGCUGGUGAAGGAAGAAGCAGUAUGAUGUCUGAGAUUCGCCACGUCUUGGAUCUCAUGCGAAGGGGCGAGGGCUUGAGGGUUGAGGAUGUGAUGUUACUUGAUCACUCAGUCUUUUUCGGGAUGGCUGAUAUACACGAUCGGCAUCGAGAUAUGCGAUUAGAUGUUGAUAACAUGUCUUAUGAGGAGUUAUUGGCACUGGAGGACCGCAUUGGAAAUGUAUGCACUGGUUUGAACGAAGAAAAAAUAAUGGGUGGAUUGAAGCAACGGAAAUAUGUGGCAGUAAGCGCAGAAGACCAGGCUCAAACGGAGCCCUGCAGUAUAUGUCGAGAGGAAUAUAAUGAUGGAGAAGAUCUCGGAACCCUCGAGUGCGAACAUGAUUUUCAUAAAGAUUGCAUCAAACAAUGGCUCAUGCAGAAAAAUUUGUGCCCGAUUUGUAAAACGACCGGACUCAGUACGUAAACCGGGACGCAUCAAAUUCGACCUUGGAUAGAGACUUAAGACACACAUCCGCUCGCAGCAUCACGUAAACCCUGCCCUUUUUUUAUUUAAAGAUCUUCAGCCGACUCCAUAAAUUUUAGAAAAUAAUCGUUACGAUCUUCCCUCGUGGAGGGAUUAAAUUAUUGUUUUAUUUGUGAAGUAAGAAAGUCGUAAGUAGGCGAACGUUACAUUUUAGACAGAUCGAAAUUCAACUAUUUCAAUCCGAUUAUUGUUGUGUUUUUGACAUUUGAAUUUAUAGUUAUAUACUUCCUGU